AUGGCUUGGCUGUCCCGGAUGUUGGGCACUGGUCCUCGGCAGCCUAGAUACGAGGCUGUCCCCGAUGAGGAGGCUGGUGAUUCCUCGCCCUCAAGACCGUAUCGUCGUCGUCGCUCCCGCACGCGACUCUUGCUCCCUCGACAACGCAAGGCGGCCGCUCUCCUCCUUUUUAUCGAUGUCCUCAUCGUCGUUGCUCUCGUCGUCCUCCUUGAGCCCCUCAUCACCCUUCUUCGCCGCAAUGACGACCUCUUCACUCCGAGACUCAACCUCCAUGGCGUAGCCGCUACCCCAGACACACCGGGUGUCAAACACAAGAUUCCACGCAUCCUUCACCAAACCACCCCCAACGAUACCAUUCCCGAUAAAUGGGUAGAGUCCCAGCGCAGCUGCAAGGAGGUGUACAAGGACUACGAAUACAAGCUCUGGACCGACAAGGGUGCUGAGGAUUUCCUUGCCAAGGAAUACCCUUGGUUUGUUGAGUCGUGGAAGAACUACGCCUUUCCCAUCCAACGCGCCGACGCCAUCCGAUAUUUUGUCCUGCACCACUUUGGCGGAAUCUACCUGGAUAUGGAUACGCAGUGCAACCAGACGUUUCCCAUGCAAGAGGUCGAAAAUGACUCGUCCGAUCACGUUGCCGUCUUUAAAUCCACUGCACCCACCGGCGUUACCAAUGACCUCAUGAUUGCCUCGGCGCGCCACCCAGCCUUUACCAUGGCUGUCGCCCAGCUCCCUUACUACUACGCCUGGACGCGCUUCUGGGCUGAGUGCGGCCCUUACAUUAGCAUCAUGCUCUCCUCAGGCCCUCUCUUCCUAUCCCUCGUCGUCAAGGAUUACCUCUUGCAGCAGACCGUUCUCCCCUCACCCACCGUCAAGGUCAUCUCGCCCCCCGGUCUCGACGGCUACAUUACCGACCUCGAGAGCAGUACCUGGCACCGCGCCGAUGCCCAAGCCCUCAUGUGGCUCGGAACCCGCCCUUGGACCUGGUUCACCAUGGGUGCCAUCGGCACCUUUUUCGGCCUUUGCAUCGUCAACUACCUGCUGCUGGCGUUCUAUGGCUUCUUUGCUCGCCGGGUGCUGAGCAUUUCGGCCAGGCUAAAGGAGGCCAAGGUGGCAUAA